CUGUUUAUCAAUCUAGAAAAGUCGGUGCAUUUUGUUAUUUUCAGUGUGCCUUUUUCGCUUGUUACCAAAAUAGAAUAUUAUAAAUAACAGUUGUUAAGACUUUUUGAUAAGAGAAGAAUUCCUUGAUUAAAUUAAAACGUAGUGUUUACAUACUAUUUGGAUAAAAUGACCGAAGCGGCUGGUGAGCCUUCAAGUCCAAAAAUUAAACAUGACUGGUAUCAAACAGAUGCUCAAGUAAUUGUAACAAUUUUGCUCAAGAAUGCUCCAAGCGACAAAGUGAAAGUUCAUUAUGGCAACCGAAGUGUUUCAGUAUCAAGUGCAAUUCCUAAUUCAGAGUCUGAGUACAGUCUAGAGCUGGAGCUGGCUCAUGAGAUUGUUCCUUCCAUGUGCACUCAUGUGGUAACUCCUUCGAAGAUAGAGGUAAAACUACGAAAGAAGGAAGGAAUCCGUUGGACAUUGCUUGAGGGCGAAGGAAAUGAGGAGAAAGUCAAGGCUAUACCACAAGCUGUAAUUGAUGCAUCCGGACCACAGCAGCCCCCGAAGCUAUUUAGAAAAGACUGGGAUAAAAUAGAGAAAGAUAUUAAAAAGAUGGAAGAAGAAGAAAAACCUGAAGGUGACGCAGCUUUAAAUGCUCUAUUUCAAAAAAUCUAUGGCGAAGGUUCGGAUGAAGUGCGUCGUGCGAUGAACAAAAGCUUCGUGGAGUCCGGAGGUACCGUACUGAGCACUAAUUGGAACCAAGUGUCCAAGGAGAAGGUUGAUGUGAAGCCGCCAGAUGGACUAGAGUUUAAGAAAUGGGAAAAUUAAGUUGCAAAAUAAAAAGUCGAACCAUUAUUUGCGUGGCAGUAUAAUACAGAAAAUGAAUUCUAUGUGAAGAUUAGGCAGUUACUGCUGAAGUAUACUAAGCAUCUUAAUAUUUUGAUUAUUAAUGGGUGGGUACAUCUAAGCUUUGUGUCCAACUACUCUAUGUAUAAUAAAUAUAUUGAUUAGAUUAUAAGUUUAUUAGUUAAAAAAACUAUGAAUAAGUUUUUUUUUAAUUUUUGCAUCAGUUGUUUCAAUAGCUUUGUAAUUUAUGUAUAAAAAUAUAGAAAACAUCCUAAAAAGGAUAUCUUAAAUG